AUGUGAUCAGCUGUGUCCAAUCACAGCUGAUCACAUAAGAGAGCUGGUAAUCAGCAUCCCUCAGAGGGGACAUGUACACUGAUCAUCAAGGCACUGAUGAUCAGUGUGCCCUGAUGACCUGUGUAGCACCAGCAGUGCCACCUGUCCGUGUCCAUCAGUGCCAACUGUCAGUGCUCAUCCCUGCCACCUGCCAGUGCCCAUCAGUGCCUACCAGUGCACAUCAAUGCCACAUAUCAGUGCCCAUCUGAACUGCCUUUCAGUGUCACCCAUCAGUGCCAGUCAGUGCCACCUAUCAGUGCCACCUAUCAGUGCCAGUCAGUGCCACCUAUCAG